AAACGAACAGCGAUGUGGGCUGGGUGCAGCUGCAGGACCUGCAUUGUUCACUGCAGAGCUGCUGCAAGGCGUGUUUCUGAGUCCCUGUUUGUGCACCAAGACUUUAAAAAGAAAAAUGCCUCUCACCCGCUCCAAGAAACUGGCGGUCCAUCCACCUCCAUCCACCAGGAUGAGUUUGAGGAGCUUUCGCAGCGUCCCUCUGGUUCCCAUGGAGACUUCCUCUUCUUCCUCUGAUGACAGCUGCGAUAGCUUUGGCUCAGAUGGAGGCUUUGCAAAUACGAGGAGCAAUUUAAGACAGACGAGGAGGAUGGCAGAGAAACCAAAGGUGUUUGAGGCGACAUCAGAGGAGGACACAUGCAGCGGGUUUGAGAAUAUGAUCAACAGGCAGAUGAAAUCCAUGAAAGUGGGCUCUGAACCUCCGAGACGUGGCCGCAGGUCCAGCAUCCUGAAGGUCGCCAUGACAUUCCCCACCAAGAAGCAGGGUGUGAAGAGACCUGCGUCCGAACCACUCCCUCAACCUAAAGUGCAAGACUCUGAGGAGGAGGAGGAGGAGGAGAACUUCAUGGACAAGAGAGCCCUGAACAUUAAGGAGAACAAAGAAAUGCUUAGAAAGCUCAUGGCAGAGCUGAACAAAGUGCCUGGACUUUUCCCGACACGUAUGGCAACAUCAGGACCCUCCACGCCCAGACGGGCACCUCGGCGGUCCGAGGGAACUCCUAGAUCUACCCGGAGAAACCCAGAGCGUUUGUCUCGACCCCACACACGAUCCCGCACACUGGUGGACGGACCCCCCAGCCCGACACCAGAAGAGGAGGAGCCUGAGGAUAAGUUCAGCCUGGUUCGCAAAAGCCGCUACUUUGAGGAAUAUGAUGAACCACUUCGUCGCCGUUCCUUCAUCAAGGCCAUACCUCACGUGGUGCGACCUGUGGAGGACAUCACUGAGGCAGAACUGCAGGGCAUCUGCCAGAAUGCACGGGAAAAAGUCUACGACCGCGUCACUGGAUCCACUUGUCACCAGUGCCGCCAGAAAACAACCGACACCAAAACUAACUGCCGUAAUCCAGAGUGUGCGGGAGUGAGAGGUCAGUUCUGCGGCCCCUGUCUCCGUAACCGCUAUGGAGAGGAGGUCCGAGAAGCUCUGCUGAAUCCGGAGUGGCAGUGCCCGCCAUGCAGAGGGAUCUGUAACUGCAGCUUCUGUCGUGCCCGAGAAGGUCGUUGUGCUACGGGAGUGUUGGUUUACCUGGCUAAAUACCACGGCUAUGACAAUGUGCACGCCUAUCUGAAUAGCUUGAAAAAGGAGCUGGAGGAGAGCGGCAAGUGAAGUGUGGAAGAAGAAGCAGCUGCUGCUCCUGGACCUGACUGACGUGCUAUGUAACUAUUUUGACGUACGCACAGUUCAAAUAUUGUUCGUAGUGUUUCAAGCAGUAUAACACACACUUAUUGUUCCUGUGAAAUUUCAUGUACUUUUUGAGUAUUGACUGACAUCCUGAGGAGGCGCACACAGCCAGUUCUCUCCAGCUUAAAGCUUUCGUUGUGUGUGUUUUUUUUUUUCCCCCACUUUGGUUCUCUCACGUUUUCCUUCCUGUUCUCGAGCUGAACCCCUCCUUAAGACUGGUUGAUUUUGAACUAAGGUAAAGCAAAUUUAAGGAAAAUGUUGUUAAAUCCUUGACUUGUCCAAACCGUUGUAAAUAUUUCACGACAUUUGCGUUGUUCUGUGAUGUACAUGUUCCCUCCUGAGCAUGUUAAAAAAAAUAAUUUUUAAAAAAAUAGUUGAACCAUCCUACCUGCUGCAAAAAUAUUUCAGGCUUGUUUGAAUGAUCUACUGUAUUUUACAUUGUUUUAAAUGUAUAGAUUUGGACAUGAAUUAGCCUCCAAGGGUUCCAUCUUUGUGCCUUUUUGCAAAUUUAUGCUUGUGUUUUUGCAAGUUGUCAAGCCUUUUGUAAAGUGUAAAUGUACAGAAACAAACAAAAACAAAACAAAAAAUGUUUGGUUUGCUUGGGAUGUCUGGUAGAAAUGCCCCGGUGAUCUGCAAGCUACAGAGGUGGUGCAGGUGGAAAGGGCAUAGUCUGGGGUCCACUGCCUCUUACUUCUAAACCACAAGGAACUGUAUGAUAUACUACAGUGCCUGGUUAAAUAUCCUUCAUUAGAUAACUGUCACUAAUGGUGUGGAAACAAUUAGCACACUCUAAUGGGAAUCUCAUACCUGUAAAUCAUUUUAUCCUGUUAAAGCACAUUCUCGCUCUGCUCCAGUCUCUUUGGCUCAUUUUCUGCCUUACACUGUUAAGUAGGAAUGGUUGAAGGUGCCACUGAAGUGGCAAUAGAGUUAUGGCCUGCAUUUUCUGUUCAGAGGUGUGAUACUCUUCACAAAAUGACAUGGAAUUAACCUUUGUUCGUCUUUGAAAUGUGCUUCAUUUGACCUGCAGCAGGAGAUACUGAUUAUAUGAUACUGUUUCAAAAACAAUCAACGGUUGAGAUUUCUUUUUUUACUGUAAUAACUUACUGCUGCUUGUGUUUAUGACGCAAUGUACCCUGUAGCAGGAAGAGUGAUGUUGAACUAGUGAUGGGAAUAUCUGUUAUGGUGAUGCUUGCUUUGUGCUUAUUGGGCUAACUGUACAUUUUCAUUAAAGCGUUAAUCACUGUACAAUCA